AUGUUCAAUAUCAAGCAAACCAAACUUAUACGCCCUCCGCCUGGCCACGAUGUGGAUCGACCCAGGCCGGCCAACCUGACAUAUGUAUACCUCGUUACCGCUUUUGUGUCCCUUGGUGCGCUUUUGUUUGGCUACGACCAGGGCGUGAUGGGAACAAUCGUCGCGGAUGAGCGAUGGAUACAAUUGAUGAGGCCCAAAAACUCCUGGGUGACUGGAGCCGUGGUGUCUCUCUACGACGUUGGUUGCUUCAUAGGUGCCAUGAGUAUCGGGUAUCUAGCAGACUCUUGCGGGAGAGAAAGGACUUUGUCCAUUGCUAGCGUCGUGUUCAUCGUUGGGGCGGUCAUCCAGUCGGCUUCAUAUGAUGUGCCCACCAUCACUGUUGGGAGGAUCAUUCUCGGGUACGGUGUCGGAGCGUGCGCCGCAGGUGUUCCCUUGUACGUUUCCGAACUGGCCCCUCCGGCGAUCCGGGGGAGGAUCAUCGGCAUCGAACAGAUGAUUUUGUGUCUGGGGGAAUUGAUCGCCUUCUGGCUCGACUAUGGGUUUUCCUACCUGAGUAUCCCCGACUGGUGGCGCAUCCCGCUCGCGAUCCAGGUGGUUCCCGCGGCGCUUUUGGCUGUGGGGUGCUGGCUGUGGGUGCCUCCCAGUCCGAGGUGGCUGGUCCAACAGGACCGACACGAGUGCGCCAGGGAAGUUCUCGCUCGACUGCACGGCGACGAGGCGGCGGAACUCGAGAUGCAAGAAAUCGCCGAGAACGUGGCUUUCGAAAAGACCGUGACCAUGGCCGGGUGGAUGGACAUGUUUCGCUGGCCCGUCCUGAGGGUCACGUUACUGGGAACGGGCGUUCAAUUCUUUCAACAAAUCACGGGGACGAACUCGAUCUUGUAUUACUCCCCUUCGUUGUUUCAACGUGGAGGGAUCGAAAACGCACACACCCGGAACCUCGCCACGGGAGGUAUUGGAAUCGUCCUGUUCGUUUUUGCCUGGGUACCCAUUUUUGUUUUUGACAGACUAGGUCGAAAAACUUGGUUACAAAUCGGUGUGAUAGGGAUGAUGUGUUCAAUGAUUGGUAUUACAGUCCUUCAGUGGCACGCUGAACAUUUUCCGGGAAACAGUGGAAAUUACGCCAUCAUCGUCUUCCCUUAUCUGUUCUAUGUCAGUUUCAACAUCAGUUGGGGUGUAGGGUCUUGGACCUACGCGAGCGAGAUCUUCCCCGUCACGUACCGCGCAAAGGGGAACGCCAUAUCGACCAUGGCCCUGUGGUCGGGUUGUUACAUCGUGGCCCAGGCGAGCCCUCCCAUCGGGUCCGCCAUCGGCUGGGGUCUGUACAUCAUCUACUCGGGCAUCUGCGUCCUGGCGUUUGUGUUCGUGCGGUACGCCAUGGUCGAGACCCAAGGAAAGACCCUCGAGGAGAUGAGUCGGUUGUUUGGCAUCGAGGAGAAGUUCGCGGUCCGGAGUGGCAUCGACCCGGCGUCGGCGUUUCACCAUGACAAGAACAACAACAACAAACAGGUCAUCAUGCAAGAGCGCGUCGAGGAAGUGAACAAAUGA